AUGCAUGCGAGGGGUUCUUCAUCGUGGGGCUCAGCGGAAGCCCUGCGAGUUUCUGGGCUUGGCUCUGCAGCAGCAGCAGCAGCAGCCGCAGCAGCAGCAGCAGCAGCAAAGGAGGCUGCUGCUGCCAGAGGCCCCUUCCCUCCCGGCAGCAGCAGCACAGCAGCUGCAGCAGCAGCAGCAGAAGAAGAGAAGUGGGGUCUUGUUGCUCCUGAGGGUCGUCUGAUUGAGGGCCGCCUGCGUGCGACAGCAGACACGCAGACUGCCUUGCGGCUGCUGCAGCUGCUGCAGCAGCAGCUGCAGCAGCAGCAGCAACCACAGCAACAGCAGCAGGAACAGCAGCAGCAGCAGCAGCAGCAACAGGAACAGGAACAGCAACAGCAGCAGCAACAGCAGCAAGCAGCAGCACGCGAAUCUGAAUAUCGAAUUCGCCGCAUCUUGCUUGUAGACCCCAAGCAGCAGCAGCAACAGCAGCAGCAGCAGCAACAGCAGCAGCAGCAAGUGACGCUUGAUCUCUUUCUGUCUCCUCAGAGCCUCGUGGGCUCGGGCCUUCUUCGCGUAGCAGCUCCGCUGCAGCAAGACUUGAUGCAGCAGCUGCAGCGCAGCAGCAGUAGCAACAGCAGCAACAGCAGCAGCAGCAGCAGCAGCAGGAUGCCCGAGGGUUUGCUGCUCGUGCAUGAGGCCCCCGUCUCUCCUUCUAUGGAGGAAAUGCUGAAGGCAAUGAACUUCGAGGCGCGAGCUGAGGAGUUUAUAUUGAGGAGGGUUUUUGAAUUUGAAGUGGCUGGGGGCCCUCUAGAGAUUACCUUCGACUGGAGAUUUAGAGAUGAGACGGAGACAGAAGAGAUAUACGCAGGCCAAGUUAUUAUAGACUUAGUUGCUGCUGUCCCCUUACUGCAGCAGCAGCAGCAGCAGCAGCAGGAGCAGCAAGAGCAGGAGCAGGAGCAGCAACAGCAGCAGCAGCCGCUGCAACAGCAGCAGCAGCAGCAGCAGCAAGUAGAGGAGCUGCUGCAUCGCUUGCAGCAGGGCGCUGCAGUGUACGCAGCUAGCAUUAAUUUUAGGGGUUUUAAUAUUGCAGCAGAUUUUUAA